GAGCAUGUCGAAAGUCAAAACCUUCACUUCCGACUUGGCCAUUUGCUUGUGAUUUGCGUUGGUUUCUUGAAAGUUGCAGUUCUUUGUGUUAUAAAUUGAAAUUAAUAGUCUUAGAAUGAGUGUUAUCAGGUGAAAACGUGCAUGUAUUAAGACUCGAUGAUGGUCUUGGGCCAUUCAAUGUUCAGUUAUUUUCCACAAACUGUUAAGACUCCGUCGUUCUGGUGCAAGUGCUUACCAAAGAAAGCUUCAAAGAGAUUUGAAGCUUUCGAGGCCGCGUUCAUGGAACUAUGAACCUUGAUUCGUUGUCUCUUGCCUUGUCACAAAUCGGUUAUUUAGUUGUUACAUUAACUAAAAAGAACUACCAACAAGUAGUGGACGAACUAAUUAAGAUUGUAAACUUGCAUGGUUUAGAAGCAGAUCGUCAUCUAUUCCAAUGUUUAUAUGGUGCUGUUGACUUCAGUGAAGCAAACAGCAAGUCUCAAGCAUUUCUAGAUCAAAGUGGUCGAGUUUUGAAUACUCCCGCCUUAUUGACGAUCAUUUGCCAUAUUACCAAUUUUCCACUGACGAACGAAAAGAAGAAUCUGAAACUUGGAUCUCAGUUCUUCACACAGUUCACUAAGUGUCUUCGAUUAUCAUCCGUACGGGAAGUACUUUUUGCAUUAGUUCUACGGAACUCUACGUUUCCCGAGAUAGCUAGUGCUGCACAUAGUCAUCUUCGAACAGCUGUACCCCAAUUAGUAAGAUCUUACAUUGAUACCGGGGGAAACCGACAAUACGAAGAAAGCCUUCAGGAAACCAGUCCUGAACUGCUGCACUUAAUUUUGUCAUCAAUUUUAGAGAGUCCGAAAGAAGUAGGACUAACCAACGAUAUCCACACGACUUUUCUAAACAGUUUGCAACGCGAUUUUCCUAGAGAUCAAGUUCCUGUUGUUCUAGCUCCUUUAGUUUACCCAGAACAAGCAGAACUGUUUUCAGAAAUGUCUUCAGACGGACCUGGGUUGUCUGGAGGUACUCUAGAUUCAUCCUUAUCGGAUUUAGUCAAAGAAUUGGGAUAUAUUUUCACAUCAACCUUAGAAGAAUGUCGCAAUUCAAUUAUAAAGCUCGGUGGUCGGGAUAUUGCUCCCUCCACAGUAGCCAGAGUCUUGGCGGUUAUGUGCCGAACCCACACAGGACUAGAUGAUGCAUUAGGAGCUUUCAAAGGAUCAGAAGUGAGAUCAUGGAACAUCGAAAUAUUUGUUCAAGCACUGAAGGAAAUUUCGCCAUCGCUUCAAUGGAACAAUGUUGUUUCUGAACUGGACCAUCCCGAAUUCGUCAUUAAAGAUAGACAAGGGUUGUGCAUUUUGAUUAGCGUUCUUAGACAAGGGUUUCAGUCAUUAGGAUUUCAUCCAGAUACGACGUUUCCAGUUGAUCAGUUUUACAAGCGGUGGAUUAAUGUUGAAGGUCACUUUAGUUUGAUUCAGCAAGCACUAAAAAAUCCAGACGUUUUUUGCUUUGGUGAUUACGCAUGUGCUUCAGUGGCUUUGGAUGCGCUGAAAACGCCUCCUGAACAGGAUGGAAAAGAGUUUUCCAAUUGGCGAUCUCUCAAUCUUGUUGAGUUGUUGCUGAGUAUGUCCGAAUGUGGACUGUAUGCAGCGGUUCAGGACCUUUUCAAAGCACCUAUUCAUAGCUGUCCAGAUGUGCUGCUGCUAGCACUUCUUCAGAUUUCUGGACCUAUAACUUUACUACGCCAAGAACUAUUGACCAAUUUGAUUCCCAUUUUCUUGGGCACGCAUCCAAACUCUGGAAUUCUUUUACACCACGCCUGGCAUACACAGACUCUCAAUGUCAAACCUAUUAUUAUGCACGCUAUGUCUGAAUGGUAUACUAGAGGCGAAUGUGAUCAAACCAGAUUAUCAAGGAUUUUGGAUGUUGCUCAAGACCUGAAGGCUUUGUCAAUGCUGUUGAAUGCACAAUCGUCUCAGUCAUAUCCAUUCAUAAUUGAUCUUGCGUGUUUAGCUUCUCGACGAGAAUACUUGAAGCUAGAAAAGUGGCUCUCUGAUAAGAUCAGCGAUAAUGGGGAAGGCUUUAUUACAGCUUGUGUGAAAUUUUUACAUAGACGAUGUCCGCAAUUAGGAAAGGAAGACAGUUUAACUAAGCCGGUUCCCCAUCUGCCGGUCGAAACUUUAUCAACUAUUAUUUUUUGCCUGCAAAGAUGCAUAACCAAUGUUAACCCUGAAUUGCAUGAAGCCAUUGUCAGCGUGAUCAAUGGUUGCUCAAUGGCGUUAAAAAGCAGACAACAGAAUAGCAACCCUUUAAUGAGAGCAAGGGGUAUGGAUGGCAAUGCUAUGAAUCAGACGGUGUUUGCAGGGCAACUUUAUGGUCAUGCUGGAGUGGAGCAGUUGCAAAAUUUAGGCACAAAUUUAUCAAAUAUGACUUUAGCAGGUCCCAGUAAUAACGCUUUUAACCUGCAAGGCGGAUUAGGCCCGAUAGUCCAGUCUCCUGGUUCUCCCUCCAGACUACUAGGUAGUGGCCCCUCAAAUAGUCCGUUUCCGAUUAUUCCAAUGCAACAUCAAGGGCCAGUUGGUACCAGUUCUUCUUUAGUACUUGGUAUCAACCCCAUUAAUAAUAUUGGACGAAUAGGCCCCGUGGCUAAUAUGGAAAAGUCUCGAGCACAAGAAUAUAACCCAUUUCCGGAAGGAGCAUCCCAUGUUUCAAAAGACAUUGAGGAUGAAGCUAACAACUAUUUCCAAAGAAUUUAUAAUCAUCCACCACAGGCUAAUCUCUCGAUUGAUGAAGUAUUGGUCAUGUUGAAAAGAUUCCAGGAUUCUCCAAGUAAAAGGGAAAAGGAAGUAUUUAAUUGUAUGUUGAGGAGCCUCUUCGAAGAAUACAAAUUUUUCCCACAAUACCCCGACAAAGAACUGCACAUCACCGCCCAAUUAUUUGGUGGAAUAAUCGAAAGAGGUAUAGUUGCCUCUUACGUAACGUUAGGUCUUGCUUUGAGAUUUGUAUUGGAAGCCCUGAAGAAACCUGAAGGUUCGAAAAUGUACUAUUUCGGAAUUACUGCUUUGGAUCGUUUCAAAGGGAGACUUAAAGAAUACCACAAAUAUUGUGAACAUGUCAGAACAGUACAACAUUUUAGCGAAUUUCCUCCGCAUUUGCAAGAGUACAUCGAGUUUGGACUUCAGGGGUUAGAACCGCCUACGAAACCAGAGGGUCCAGUUUUACCUGCCAGUUUAGCAGCAAUGCUAGCGCCUCCAAGUGCUAACGUACAGGUUUAUAAAGGAGCCUCCACGGUAGGAAGCGCAAUUUCAUCUACAAAAUCUAGUACUACACCAGGAAGCACAAUAAGCACUAGACCGUCAAUAGCUAAUGCUACAAACAUAGACACGCUGCUUGUAGCUACAGAAAAGGAAGAAAAAAUAAUUGCUCCACCGGAUACACUGCAAGACAAAAUAGCUUUUAUUUUUAAUAACCUGAGCCAGUUAAACCUUAAGGUGAAAUGUGACGAACUUCGAGAACACAUAUCGGAUGAAUAUUAUCCGUGGCUGUCCCAGUAUCUGGUUAUGAAGAGAGCCUCGAUUGAAUCGAAUUUUCACAGCUUAUACUCUAACUGUGUGGAUACCUUAAAUAUAAUCGAGUUGUAUAAGAUGGUUGUAAAAGAAACAUUUAGAAACAUUCGCGUCCUACUCAGUUCGGACAAAGCAAUAGCCAAUUUUUCAGACAGGUCUCUGCUGAAAAAUCUGGGCCAUUGGUUGGGAAUGUUAACUCUCAGUCAUAACAAACCGAUUUUGCAAAUCGAAUUAGACUUGAAAUCUUUACUUGUUGAAGCCUAUCAUAAAGGUCCCCAGGAACUGCUAUAUGUUGUUCCUUUUGUUGCUAAGGUUCUCGAAUCGUGCUCUAAGAGUAAAGUUUUUAAGCCUCCGAACCCUUGGACGAUGGCAUUAAUGAAUGUACUGGCUGAACUGCAUUCUGAAUCAAAUUUAAAGCUGACUCUGAAGUUCGAAAUUGAAGUGUUAUGCAAGAAUUUGGAAAUUGAUGUAGGUCAACUGAAGCCUGCAAUUUAUCUGAAGGACCCGGAGAGAAUAAGAAAGAUCGAGUACCAAUUAUCUCAGCCGAUCAAAAAAGAACAAAAUAUGUCUGCUCACGGAAACCAAAGUACAAAUAUGGCGGAGCCUGAACUAGUGAAUAUUAUUGCCGACCGCAAUAGCAGUUCGCCGGCAAUGCACAACAUUAGCACAACACCGACACCCGGUUUGGCCAUGCCAGAGCCCCGAUUCAGUUAUGGAGAUAUAGUGACUAACAGUAUGCAGGCAAUUCAAACGCAUGCAGUAAUUUCAUCAAACGCUGUCUUGUUCCAAACUCAACCCCAACUGAAGGCUUUAGCCAAAAAAGCCAUAGAACUUGCUGUACAAGAAUGGUUGCCACCCGUGUUGGAUAGAUCGGUUAAAAUUGCCCUUCAAACGUGCGAAGCUAUUAUUCGAAAAGAUUUUGCAUUGGAACCUGACGAAGAAAAAAUGCGCAUCGCUGCCCACUUAAUGGCACGGAAUUUAACAGCAGGAAUGGCAAUGAUAACCUGUCGUGAUCAGCUUUUAUCUUCCAUAAAUACACAUAUGAAACAGCUGCUUAAUACGAAUUUAGUUACUCCCAGUAUUCAACAAAAGGAAAUGAUCGACCAAGCUGCCAACGUGAUUGCUAAUGAUAACACGGAACUGGCUUGUGCUAUAGUGCAGAAAACUGCAAUCGAAAAAGCUAUUCCUGAAAUAGACAAACAUCUAAGUGGCGAAUAUGAGCUUCGAAGGAUUGCCCGAAAAGAAUCAAUGUGGGUUCCGCAAAGUAAUAUACGCUAUUGUGAUAACUCGGCUUUGACAUAUCAAGCUGAACGUAUGCCGGAACAGAUUCGGUUGAAAGUUGGAGGCCUAACUAGUAGCCAAAUGGCUGUUUAUGAAGAGUUCGGGCGCAACAUACCAGGAUUUCUGCCGAACGAACGAGAUACUACUCUUGUAUCUAUUCAGGCUCCGAUCUUAAAUUCUUUGGAUACUCAACCGCAACCGGUUUCAUCAUAUCCAAUGGCAGUAGUCGGUGAUUUUGCUAUUCACUUACAAAAGUAUGUCCAGGACAUUGAACAAUUUGUAUCUCUCAUCGGCUCCCAGUCAAAUGCAGUUUUGAAUGAUCGAAUGAUGCGUCUGCGGCUGUGCAUAAUAAGUUCAUCACGAGUUAGGGAUGUAAACGUUACCCCACCACAAGCUCUGGUUCAAAAGUGCGUGGAGACCCUUCAGGAUUGUUUGCACCCGAAUAUGAGCGAAACGGAUCCCGUUGUGUUGCGAUUCAAAGAAAUUGUCUUGAAAAUUUUAAAAACUAUUCAAGGAAUCUUCAGCCAAGAAUGGGUCACCAAAUUGGUAACAAGAUGUUUGAUUGAAACUCGUGAAGAACAAAGAUACAAUCUGGAAGCUGUUGACACUCUCAUCAAAGCCUCAUUGGUUAACGUGCCUCAAUAUGAUUUGGCAUUAGCCCAAGUACUAGAAGCGAACUUCAACUAUAUUGGGCAAAAUUUCGCCAUCCAGUUAGUUGAGCACUUUCUCAUAAAUGAGAGGCCUGCACAAUUCAGCGGUCAGGAAUUUGAGUUUCCCAAUACAGUCGACUUCUUAGUAAAGAUACAGAAUCACACUAGACAACCACCGGAUGGACUAAAUACAAUUUUAGAUUUAUUAAGACAAAACCAAGAUAGCACGUUUUGUGGAGACCGCUCGAUUGGACCAACUGUACACAUACACUCCGGGAUAUUGCAGGUAGAUGAGGUGCGCACUCCAAAUUACGAAGAUCCCCCAGGACUAGUAGACAAAACUGAGUACUUAAUCAGAGAAUGGAUUAAUAUUUACACUACUCAUCAAGGUCGCGAUUCGACAAAGUCUUUCAGCGUUUUCGUGCAUCAAAUGAAUUUACACGGAAUUUUGAAAACGGACGAUCUCAUUACUAGAUUCUUUCGGUUGUCGACGCAGAUAUGUAUUGAUACGUGCUACCGAAUUUUGUGUGACAAAUCCACUCUUAAUUCAACUGGUGGAAGAUCUAAAUGCUAUCAUACUUUAGAUGCAUUUGUUCGGUUGGUGGCUCUGCUUGUGAAACAUUCAGGAGAAAGCUCCAAUACAACUACUAAAGUUCAACUGCUUAAUAAAGUGCUGGGGAUAGUUGCCGGAGUACUCUUGCAGGAUCAUGAUAAUAGAUUGGGCGAAUUCCACCAGAUGCCUUAUCAACGAGUCUUCACGAUGCUCUUUUUAGAACUAAAUGCUCCAGAACCAGUGUUAGAAGCUCUCAAUUUUCACGUUCUGACUGCAUACUGUCACACCUUCCACAUUCUCCGACCUGCAAAAGCCGCCGGCUUUUGUUAUGCUUGGCUAGAACUCAUUUCUCAUCGAGUUUUUAUUGGACGAAUGCUUGCUACGACACCUCAGCAGAAAUGCUGGCCGUUGUAUUCACAGUUGCUUGUUGACCUAUUCAAAUAUUUGGCCCCAUUCUUGCGCAACGCUGAACUGGCAAAGCCUGUGACAAUGCUGUACAAAGGUACUCUGAGGGUACUAUUAGUGCUUCUUCACGAUUUCCCUGAAUUCUUAUGUGAUAAUUAUUACGGCUUCUGCGAUGUAAUUCCACCCAACUGCAUUCAAAUGCGAAACCUGAUAUUAUCGGCCUUUCCACGCACUAUGAGAUUGCCAGAUCCAUUCAUCCCCAACCUCAAGGUUGAUAUGUUGCCUGAAAUCACCUACGCUCCCAGAAUUCUAACCAACAUAGCCGCGACGAUAUCGCCACCACAGUUCAAAAAAGAUUUGGAUUCCUAUUUAAAGGCAAGAGCUCCAGUCACUUUUCUGUCCGAGCUUAGGAGCAAUCUGCAAGUGUCCAACGAGCCGGGAAUUCGAUACAAUAUUUCACUCAUGAAUGCGUUAGUAUUGUAUGUUGGGACACAGGCUAUAGCUUACAUCAAAAACAAGAGUCACUCUCCAAGUAUGUCGACAAUAGCACACAGUGCCCAUAUGGAUAUUUUCCAGAACUUAACAGUUGAUUUGGAUACGGAGGGCAGAUACCUAUUCUUUAAUGCGAUGGCGAACCAACUGAGAUAUCCCAACAGUCAUACGCACUAUUUCUCGUGCACAUUUUUAUAUUUGUUUGCUGAAGCUAAUACUGAAGUAAUUCAAGAGCAAAUCACCAGGGUAUUGUUGGAACGAUUAAUUGUAAACAGACCUCAUCCGUGGGGUCUUUUAAUAACUUUCAUCGAGCUGAUCAAGAAUCCUACUUACAAGUUUUGGCAACAUCAGUUUGUUCAUUGUGCGCCGGAAAUUGAAAAAUUGUUUGAAUCGGUCGCCCGGUCCUGUUUCGUGAAGACAACUGUUCAAUUAUCACAAGAAGGAGAAAUACACGAGUAGCGGAAUGUUUCGUCUGUCAACGGUUAAUUUGUAGUGAUAAGAUAUGUAUGUGUUUAAUUAAUAUAUCUUGUAAAUAUUAGUUAUUGUAUUAGAAAUGUAUUAAAUUUGGUUUUCUUGG